UUUCAGGGUUUUAUUAGUUGCAUUCCUUUUCACCUUUCUUCCCAACUUUUUUUUCUCCUUCUUCGUUACCCUUUCCAUUGAGCAAUCAAGAUUUUCUUCGGUUUAUUGAUCGAGAAUACACACAGUUGGCGGUGAAAAUUUUCGUUGCAGACGGGGAGAAAAAUACAUACAGAAGUAAUUGUGAGGUGGGUUUUCAUUAUUUUAGGGAGUUAAAUAUUGCAAUUAUGGGUUGUUUGCCUUGCUUUGGACGCAUCCGUAGAAGUGGAGUCAACGAAGAGUCAACGAAUAAUUCUCGUGGAGAAAGUUCAUCAGCUGCUCAGUCAAGCAGUAACAGAGUGAAUUUAGAAGCAGCAACACCGCAAGGGGCAAAUGCUAAUUCAAAAGUAUUCACAUUUAGUGAACUUUGUGAAGCAACAAACAAUUUCAGACCAGAGGGCAAAAUUGGCGAAGGUGGAUUCGGUUGUGUUUAUAAAGGUUGCCUCCCAAGAACGGGACAGGUGGUUGCGGUUAAACGACUUAAUCAUAGUGGGAUGCAAGGAAAUCAAGAAUUCGUGGUUGAAGUUUCGAUGCUUACCCUUUUAAACGAUCCGAAUCUCAUAAAUUUUAUAGGGUAUUGUGCCGAUGGUGACGAACGUAUUUUGGUUUACGAAUAUAUGCCAUUGGGAUCGCUCGAUGCUCAUUUACAUGAUCUUCAACCAGAUAAACAACCUCUAGAUUGGAACACGAGAAUGAAGAUUGCUGAUGGUACAGCAAGGGGGUUAGAAUACUUGCACGACAGGGCAGAUCUAGCUGUCAUAUUCAGAGACUUGAAACCUUCGAAUAUACUUCUCGGUGAUGGAUAUGUUCCCAAAUUAUCGGAUUUCGGGCUUGCAAAGCUAGGGCCCGUUGGAGAUAAAAGUUACGUCACGACUAGGGUUAUGGGGACUCAUGGCUAUUGUGCUCCGGAGUAUGCUCUGACCGGUCAACUCACUUCGAAAUCCGAUAUAUAUACCUUUGGAGUAGUCUUGUUGGAAAUUAUUACGGGUCGAAAGGCUUUUGACAGAACGAGGAGGGGGAACGACCGUGUUCUUGUUGAAUGGGCAAGGCCACUAUUCGCGGAUGAAAGGAAUUUUCCAAAUAUGGCGGAUCCACUACUACAAGGGCGGUACCCAAUGCGCGGGCUCCGCCAAGCACUGGGGGUGGCCGCCAUGUGCUUGCAGGAGCGAGAAAUCGAAAGACCGAAAAUCGGGGAAAUUGUCACCGCCACAACAUUUAUAACAUCACUAACCUACGAACCCAACGCACCACCACCGCCCGCCCCCACACAGGACAACAACAACCAAGCGGGGGGGUCCACCUCCAUGCCACGUCUCCAAGACCUGUUGAGGGUCGCCGCAGAAGUAGGAGAAGGAAGCGGGAGCCACCAAGGCUCGUCCUCGACUCACACGAGAGAAUAUUCUCCGAGCAAUCUGGACAUGGAGAGAGAGCCUGCAGUUGCUGCACCAGCACCAAAAGAGAGGGGUGAUGGUGCGGAGAGUUCUGAAUGAGUUUUCUUUCUAUUUCUUUUUUUUUUUUCCUCGAGAGUUGUUGUGCAAUGACCGUUUUGUCCUUCGGAUGAUCAUGAUAGUUAGGGAAGGGCAGUGUCGAUCUAUUAUCGAAUUUCGAGAUAAAAAGAAAAAGAAAAAGAUAGGAAAAUGAGAUGAAUGCAUGAGGGAUUCCUUAGGUUUGAUUUAGUUGUAUACAGAGUAUAGAAGGUACAAAGAAUUUGGUAAAAUGUGUUCUAUCGCAUCCGUACAGUAGUAAUCGAUUUUUCGUUUAAAGUCAAGUCUAGUUCUUGUGUCUUUUUUUUCCCUUUUGAACAGAUUUGAUCCUGUGUAUAUUGCAAAAUUACAUUGAUGCCCAGAACCAACUAAAGUGAGAACCGAAUAGUUCGACUUGGUUUUCGACAAUCAAGAACGAAUCGAAUAAUUUUAACUAGAUUUUUUACCCUAAUAGCAACAACA